CCUUCAGAGACUCGAAGACAGUGUGUGACUCUCCCGUGAGUUAAGAGCACUGGCUGAGUCAGACAGACCCGAGUGACAAGCCCAGCUUCACUCUCAGCUGUGAGAGCCAAGCUUUUCUUGACACGUGGGUUUCAGCAGUACCCCUGAUGUCAUCAGUUUAGUGUCUCCAUCCACACUGUCUUGUGGGCAUGGCAGAUAUGUCAAUGCCAUUACAUUCACUGCGAUUCAACAAUAUGAUAAGGGAGGAAAAUGUUGACCCUCAAAGCAGGGGAACAACUUUCUCUAGAACAAUGACAGAGACCAGAGCAGAGGUCCAAAUCCUGAAUUCUCAUGUACAGUUGCCUAUAGUCUCAACAUCAGCCUCGGACCCUGGAGGUACAUCCACACAGCUGAUGACAUCCCCAACCUUUGACAACCUGUCCAUGACUCUCAUGGGAACAGCAACCUCUGCAGCACUGUCCCCACCACUUAUGCCAAUAUCAGACUCGGGGACCCUGUCUCCACUGCUAAUGCCAGCCUCAGACUCUGGGACACUGUCCCCAUUGUUAAUGCCAGCCUCAGACUCUGGGACACUGUCUCCACUGUUAAUGCCAGCCUCAGACUCUGGGACACUGUCUCCACUGCUCUCCUCUUCAGAUUAUGGGUUAAUGUCUCCAGGGAUGAUGACAAUUCCUGACUUUGGAACAAUGUCCACAGCACUUUUGGCAGCACCAGAUUCUACAGAGAUAUCACCACUGGCGAUGUCAGCUUCCUCAUCUGUGGCAGUGCCUGCACCUGUCAUGAGCACUUCGUCCUCUGAGGCGAUGUCCACCCCAUUACUGCUAGCCCCAGAUCCUGGGGAGAUAGCCCCACUCCUGAUUCCUGAUUUAAACUCUGGAGUGACAUCUACACCACCAAUGACAGCUACGGGCUCAGAAGCAAUGUCCCCAUUGCAAAUUACAGAUGAGGACACUGAAGCAAUGUCCAAAGUGCUAAUGACUGCCUUAGCCUCUGGAGAAAUAUCAUCACUGCUGAUGUCAGGCACAGACUCUGAAGUAUUGUCCUCUCUCAUCAUGUCAGCCCUAACUUCUGGAGAGACAUCAACCCAGCCAACAAGCUCUGAUGACUCGGAGGGAAUGUCUGCUGUGUUUAUGUCAGGCCCAGAGUCUGGAGUCAUGUCUUCACUGCCAAUGUCAGCAUCAGGCUCUGGAGCAAUGUCCACACCACUACUGUCAAUCCCAGAGGCUGGAGAAAUACACACAUUAACAAAGGCAGCCCCAGAUGCUGAGGCAAUGUCCCCAUUGCUAAUGACAGCCCUAACCUCCACAGGGAUGCCCACACAACCGAUGCCAGCCCCAGGCUCUGGAGUGAUAUCCUCACAGCUAACACAAAAUCUAGACCCUGAGAUCAUGUCUGCUCUACCAAUGACAGCAACGAAUUCUGCACUGACAUCCACACUGCCAGUGAGAGCUUCAGAUUUGGGGGCAGUGCCCAUACACCUAAUGAGAGCCCCAGUCUCCGGAAAUAUGUCCACACCACAAAAGACAAGCCCUGUUUCUGGAUCAGUGUCUGCCCCACCAAUGACUGCUACAAGCUCUGGAGCAAUGAUCACUAAACAAAUGUCAACCACAGCAACUAGUGCAAUGUCUACACAUUUGACAGUGGCCAAGACUUCUGGAACAUUACCCAUAGGCUUUGUGAAGGCAACAACAAAUGCGGCAAUGUCUACACAGGGAAUAAGAGCCCCAGCUUCUGGUGUGUUGUCUGCUCAGCCAGCUGCAGCCACAGCCUCUGAAAUAAUGUCCAUGUCACAAUCAAUGGUCCCAGCCUCUGGGCCAGUGUCCACACAGAAAACCAGAGCUUCUGUGUCUGGGGCAAUGUCCACAUCACAAAUGAGAAGCAGAGCCUCAGGACUGACAUCUACACCACAAAUGAGAGCCACGGCCUCUGGAGCAAUGUCUACUCCACUAACGACAGCCAAAACCUCUGCCUCAACGUCUGCCCUGUUCAUGAGAGACACAGCCUCAGGAACAGUGUCCAUGCCACAGAUGAGAACUCCAGCCUCUGGAGCAUCGUCCAAGCCACUAAUGAAACCCAAAGCUCCUGGAACGAUGUUCAUGCCACAAAUGGCAACUGCAGCUUCUGGAGCAAUGCCCACACUGAUCAUGAGAGACACAACCUCUGGAGCACCAUCCAUGCCACAAAUGACAGCCACCAGCUCAGGAGACAUGUCCAUGCCUUUAAUGAAAGGUCCAGGUCCUGGAGCAACAUCCACAACACUAAUGAGAGCCCCAACCUCUGGGAAGAUGCCUAGUCAGCCAAUGAACACUCAGGACUCUGGAGGAAUGUUCACAUCAUUCAUGAGAUCUAUGGCCUCGGGUGGCACACAGAUGAGAGCCCAGGCCUCUGGAACAAUGUCCAUACCACUAAUGAGAGCCUCAGACUCGGGAGAGUUGUCCACACUGCUCACCAGCGCUUCAUCCUCUGGAGAGAGGUCCGUGCCACUGAAACCUCCAGCUUCUGGAGAGAUAGCUCCAUCCUCAAGAGGUUCAAGUUAUGGAGCAAUAUCUGCUCCCCAAAUGACAGCCACUUCUGGAAUGAUGUCCAUACCACUGACAAGGGCUUCAGCCUCUGCCACCAUGUCCACACCGCUGGUGAGGCCCACAGCCUCUGGAGGGAUGUCCACGCCACUGAUGAGAAUGCCAGCCUCUAGAGCAAGGGCCAUACCACAAACGAUAGCCACAGCUUGUGGCGAUGCGUGUUCACUUCCCAUGCGAGCUCCAGCAUCUGCAGGGCUAUCCCCAACACCAGUCAGACCACCAGCCUCUGGUAUUCUGUCUGCACCACUAAGGAGACCCUCCACCUCUGGAGCUGUAGCCACAGAGUUAGCGAAAGCACCAGCCUCUGGAAGGAUGUCUACUGCACAGCUGACAGCCAUGGGCUCGGGAGGGAUGACCAAGCCAUUAAUGAGAGCCACAACCUCUGGAACCCUGCCCAUGCCUUUAAUGUCACCCAUGGCUUCUGCAGAAAUGUCUAUGCCACUAAUGAAAACCAUGUCCUCUGGAACAAUGCCAACACUACAAACCAAAGUUGUAAGCUCUAGAGCUAUGUCCUUGCCACAACCCAAACAUACAGCUUCGGGAGAGAUGUUCAAGCCCACACUGAGAGUCUCAACUACUGGAACAGGAUCUUCCCCACUUAUGAGAACCUCAGCUUCAGGAAUGAUGUCCGUGCCACUAUCAAGGGCCGCAGCCUCUGGAGGGAUGUCCACACCACUAAUGAAGGGCCCAGGCUCUGCAACAAUGGCCACACCACAAACAACCUUUGGAAUGACGUCCCCUCUUAAAAACAAAGGCACAGACUCUGGAGAGGCAGCUCCCUCUCACAUCAAAUUCACAGCCUCUGGAUCAAAGACUACACCACACAUGACUGCCACAACCCCAGAAACAACGAAGCCACCACCAAAAGAAGUACCUUCCUUGGGUAUGCUGACUCCAGCGCUCUGUUACCUCUUAGAAGAGCAAGAGGCAGCCCGGGGUUCUUGCUCUGAGGAGGAAGACAUGGAGAUUGAUGAGGAGAAGCAAAUGAGGGGGUUUUUGAAUGAUUCUGAGAAAAUGGCAUUUCUGGUAUCUCUUCAUCUGGGGGCAGCAGAGAGGUGGUCCAUCUUGCAGAUGGAGGUAGGAAAUCCCCUCUCCAAUGAAAAUAAAUCUUUCUUGAGAAGAUCACAGGGCUUAUAUGACUCCCUGUCAGAGAUAGACAUCCUCAGUGCUGUUCUUUGCCAUCCCAAGCAGGGCCAGAAGUCAGUCAGGCAGUAUGCCACUGACUUCCUGCUGCUGGCCCGACAUUUGUCUUGGUCUGAUGCCAUUCUACGAACCAGGUUUCUGGAAGGACUUUCAGAAGCUGUUACCACCAAAAUGGGUCGGAUCUUCCUGAAGGUCGCCGGCAGCCUAAAGGAGCUGAUAGACAGGUCUCUAUAUACUGAGUGCCAGCUGGCUGAAGAGAAGUGUUCCCCGGGCAACUCAAGCCAGGUUCUGCAGGCAGCCUGUAAGCGGAACAAUGAGGAGGCCAUGGAGAGUGAACUGGGCUCUCAGCAGCAGACUGAGGAGCAUCAGCAUGUUCCCAAACGCUGUUACUACCUGAAAGAACAUAAAGAUCCCCAAGAAAGUCUUCAUGAUCACCUUCGACAGAGCAUAGGCCAUCGGAAGGCCCCUACCAACAAGUAGUGCUCCAUGGAAUUGUCUGUGAUUUCUGAUUCGGCUGCUAACUUGAGGACUGGUUUCUGGACCUAUUCCAUUCAACUACAUCAUAAGCCUUGUUGCCUUCACCAUCCAGCCUCCCCCUCCAGACACAUCCCACCUUAUUGCCUUUUGGCUGCCUUGACCUUCUUUCACCCACAUGCCUGUGACCUGCCCUGACAAUCAGUUUGGACUACAAGAGUGUAUGGUAUAUAAGAUUCUGAACUCCUAUCACCAUCAAGGCCAGUUCUAAUUAGUGGUCCAGGGAGAAGUAUAGGCAGGAGAAAUCAUGUCCUACCUCAAAACACCUUAGAGUGUCUUGCCACAUGUCAUCAGGCAAACUUGAGGAAACCCUGGUCCCAUUCCACCUGGCAGUGGAGCUUAUCAAGAGAGAAAUACCCACUCCUAGACCACCCUUUAAAGCCAGUCUACUUGCCCUUGUAUGCCCCAAGUCAUAGUACCUGAAAUGGGUCUUCAGGGUCCUUGCCCUGUUAAUAGCCUCCACCCAGAACCAUUUGUUUUGACCCAUAAGAUUAAUAGUAGUGAUGGUAAUGGCUAACAGUUAUUGGUAAUGUGCCAUGUGACAGGUACUGGGCUAAAACUCUUGACAAGCACCAUCUUCCAUCAGUGUUAUAGUGACCCUGCUUGUUCUUGUGUUUUGAGCUUUGACUUCUUGAUCUGUUGUUUAUGGUCCUUGUCCUUCAGUGUGGAAUCUGUAGUCUGACCUAUGGGUGACCCCCUCAGUUGUUAAUUGCCCUCACUCCCCUUGGCUGUUGUGCUUCAUGGCCGGCACUCUUCAAAAGGGUCUUGGUCUUUAAACAGGCAUAGGUAGUUAGAACAUAAUAUGAGCAGUGUUUGCCUUCUGGUGGUGGGUUAUUAUUUUUUUAAUUAUCUUCUUUCUACUAUUGUCUGUUCUUUCCAGAUUCUCUACA